AUGGCGGAGGAGUGGGCGUACGAAGAGGCCUCGGACGAGGAGAAGCUCCAGAUCGCGCAGCGCUUCCUGCUGGCCAGCCCGCCCGGCCAGGUCCACGAGGUCCUGCGCGACGUGGCUAAGCUCGUGCCCGCCCACAUCUUGAUCUGCGAGGAGGGGGAGGUGGACGCCGCUCACUACAUCGACCCCAUCGGCAACCGCAUCCUGGGCUUCGACCACAUCAAGCAGCAGGUUGUGGCCGACGACGUGGCCGAGAUCCCCGAGGAGAGGAUCUCGGACUUUGAGAAGGAGCGAGGAACUGCCGGUGUGUAUGUUGUGGGCUCCAAGAUCGUGGUCAACCUGUGCACGGAGCGGAUCAACCUGCGCAACUUCUGGGGAGGACGCUGGAAGUCGAGGUGGGAGGUGGACUUGACGGCCAACCCGGCCAAGGUCAAGGGCAACAUCCAACUGCACGUGCACUACUUCGAGAACGGCAACCUGCAGCUGCAGAGCUCCAAGGACGUUGAGGUGGAGAUCACGGUUCAGCGCGUCGGUGGUCUGGGCGACGCUCUGCUGCGCGUCAUGAAGGAGGCGGAGGACGACCUGCAGACCAACCUCGAAGACAUGUACAUUAACAUGUCCGAGGAGACUUUCAAAGAGAUGCGUCGUGUCAUGCCCGUGACGCAGACCAAGAUGGAGUGGAGCUUGCACGCGCAUCGCACGGCCAAGGACCUCGGACGCAAGUAAAAAAAUUGUGAGCCCCAGCUGCGCUAGAGCUUUCGCGCAGCCAAACAAGUCCAAACACCGAAAAGAAUUACACGUUGAGUACACAGUACGAGACUCGAGCGCGAAUGGCUUAUUUGUUGAUCAUCUGU